AUGAAGGUUACCAGCCUCUCCGCCAUUCUGGCGCUCUCUCUUUCCGCGCACGCUCUAUCUAACGGUUUCGUGGGCUGCUACUCAUCCUCCGGCAGCUUGGUGAACAAGGGUUCCAGUCAAUUUCAAUCCACGGGAUUAUGCACAAGUACUUGCGGUCGCAAUGGUGCGAGAUACGCUGCUACCACAAAUAGCGUUGACUGCUACUGUGGCUCUUCGCUGCCUCCGAGCGCGAAGCUCGUCUCCCAGUCAGAGUGCAAUAUCAACUGCCCAGGAUUUCCAGAGGACCAUUGUGGAGGCAAUGGCUUCUGGUCCGUUCACCAGACCUAUAUCACGGGCGAUGACGUUGACGGCGGCGACAACAACACAGAUGAUGGAAAUGGGGACAGUGAUUCGGGCGGGAAUGGUCCAAACGAUGGCCCUGGUAGUGGUUUUGGGGAUGGCCCAGAUGAUGGUCCAGGCAAAGGCCCAGGUGGCGGCCCGGAAACGACGACGGCAUCCAGCUUCACCGUUUAUCCCACUCCUUCUGCAGUCAUUACGGUGACAUCGGUUCCAGCUGUGACCGGCACCAGCUCCCCAUCUGCCACUCUCCCGAGCAAGGAAUCGUCCAGUGUCUCCGUCGCGACGGUGUCUCCAACCACAGCCACGUCGGGGGCCAGCCGGCGAUUCCGGUUCUUAUUUUUCUAG